CUCCAUGGACAAUCUAGUGUAGGCCCUAACCUUUGUCGCUGAAAUGGAAGGGUUUCGAAGACGGAAGGAAGCUUUCCUGGUGGUGGGGUUUUACAGUUCCUAAGCAGUAGUGACAUUUUUUUUUUUUUUUUGGGUGCUAGAGAUAGAUAGAUAGAAGAAGAGGGAGUGAGAUUUAACAAACUCGAAAAUGGGGAGAAGAAUUUUGAACGAUGCGUUGAGGACAAUUGUAAAUGCCGAGAAGAGAGGCUUCGCUUCAGCUCAGCUUCAGCCCAUCUCCAGUUGCAUGGCUUCCUUUCUUCAAAUCAUGAAAUAUCGAGGCUAUGUCAAGGAUUUCCAAGUACAUGAUCCCCACAGAGUUGGUAAGAUAACUGUUCAGCUGCACGGAAGGAUUAAUGAUUGUCGUGCUCUCACUUAUAGGCAAGACAUCAAUGCACACAACAUUCAGAGUUAUACCAAACGUCAACUUCCAACACAUCAGUGGGGCUAUGUUGUGAUUAGCACGCCAAAUGGUGUUAUGGAUCAUGAAGAGGCAAUUCGACAGAAUGUCGGUGGUCAAGUCCUUGGUUAUUUUUACUGAAUGGUCUGUUGAAUGGAAGAUUGGAGUUUAGGAGAGCAAUUAUAUUUUCCAAUAUCAUUCUCUCAUCCUCUUUUUUUUUUUUUCUUUUUUUUUCGUUGGGGGUGGGGGUGGCGGAGGCGGUGGUGGUGGUUACUGGUUAGCUGUGGAAGCUAACGAAAACUCAACUUGAACUCAGCUCUUCCAUGUAUUAGUGCUAUAACCAAACCUCUUAGUUUCCAACUGUAACUUUUAGGUGAUGAGAUUGGCCCAAUUUUCUGCUUUUUGUCCUUGGAGUCCAUGUGUAUAGUAAAUGUAUUUUGAUACAUGAGAAGCAUGGUGGGAUUGAUCUAUGUUGGUCAUAUGUUCAGAUAUGCUGAUGGUUCGUCUGUUCCCA